AAAUCUGUACAAACAGUUCCAGCCGGAAGUGGUCGGUCUUUUGAUUACGUCACUCCAUCGAAUAAGGAACGGGACGUCAUCUUAAACUGUGAGUUGGAAGGGGUGUCCAGAGUUUUUCAAUAUGUCGUGGAUAAGGGAAGGUGAAUUGAACUUCAUUGAGAAGCUCUCAGCCAACAUACUGAAGGCUGGCCCGAUGCCCAAACAUGUGGCCUUUAUCAUGGAUGGCAACCGGCGCUACGCCCGCAAGCGUCAGGUGGAGCGUCAAGAGGGACACACACAGGGUUUUGACAAACUGGCAGAGACACUACGCUGGUGCCUGAACCUGAGCAUCCAUGAGGUCACCGUGUACGCCUUCAGCAUCGAGAACUUCAAGCGGUCUAAAGACGAGGUGGACGGCCUGAUGGAGCUGGCCAAGCAGAAGUUCAUCAGACUGCUAGAAGAACAAGAGAAUCUGGAGAAGCAUGGGGUAUGCAUUCGGGUGUUGGGAGACCUGACUCUACUGCCUCUGGACCUGCAGCAGCACAUAGCCCGGGCUGUGGUGGCCACCAGGACUCAUAACAAAUGCUUUCUGAACGUGUGCUUUGCCUACACCUCAAGACAUGAAAUCGCUAAUGCUGUCAGAGAGAUGGCUUGGGGCGUGGAGCAAGGACUUAUCAAAUCCAGUGAUGUGUCGGAGGCCCUGCUGGGUCAUUGUCUGUACAGCAGUAACUCCCCCAAUCCUGAUCUGCUCAUUCGCACGUCUGGAGAGGUGCGACUCAGUGACUUCCUGCUGUGGCAGACGUCCCACUCCUGCUUAGUGUUCCAGUCAGUCCUGUGGCCAGAGUACUCCUUCUGGAAUCUGUGUGAUGCCAUUCUGCAGUAUCAGCUCAAUCACAGACCUCUUCAGAAAGCCAGAGAUCAACACAGAGAGGGACAGGCCCUACAGCAGCAUGAGGCAGACCGGGCCUGUGUAGCAGACCUCCUACAGCACCACGGCAAUGGAAAGCCCCUGGAUGCCCAGAGGAGACAGGAAGCACUGCUCAACUACACUGCCAGCCGAGAGGAACGGGUUCAGGACUUCCUUGGUGCACUCCAGCACAAGAGAGACUCCUUCCUUACUGACUUAACCAGCCAAGCGGCUCUGGCAUAAAGAGGGGAUGAGGGGAACAAAAUGCUCCCCAUCUUGAAUUGGGGGAGCAAUCCCAUCUCUCCAUCUCUUCCCUAAAGGGCUGAGUGGUUUGAAACUUCUUAUUUUGUAUGAGUGAUUUUACCCCUAUGGGGCUGUAUGUGGGAUAUUUAUGUGUGUAUUCUAAGUCUGAUCAAAGUCUAAUAAAAAGAUAAGUCUGGUAAAGAGCU